AUUUUAUUGACAACUCAACAACUCGAUCAUCACGGAUGCGAAGAAGAAGAAGAGGAGAAAUGAAGAGGUUGCCUGUGGAGUGCGCCUCACACAUCAUAGGCUUUACGUCGGCCGGGGAUGCCUGCAGAUCAUGUGCCGUGUCUCGUCUCUUUAAGCAUGCUGCCGAUUCUGAUAUUGUCUGGGAUAGGCUUCUUCCUCCCCAUUAUAAGCACAUCAUCUCCCAAUCUCCAUCCUCCUCUUCUUUGUUUUCCAUGCCCAAGAAGGAUCUCUACUUCCAUCUCUGUACCCACCCCAUCAUCAUUGCCAACGGCCACAUGAGCUUUGCACUAGAUAGGCAGAGCGGCAAGAUAUGUUAUAUGGUAGGUGCAAGAGGGCUUUCAAUUGCAUGGGCAGAUACACCCACUUACUGGCAAUGGAUGACUCUACCACACUCCAGGUUCUCUGAAGUGGCUAAGCUCAAACUUGUAUGGUGGCUUGACAUCAAGGCGUGCAUAUGGACUAAGAACUUAUCUGCAGGAACAACCUAUGCAGCUUACCUUGUGUAUCAGCUCUCAGAAGUAAGAUCGGGGCUGGCAAGAACACCUAUUGUGUUGCGCAUCAAUUAUCAACAAAGUGCAGUUGUGAGUGUGCAUCGUGUGAUCCUAGACCCUAUGCCUCAGCGGGCUCGACAUAGAGGAGAUGGGUGGAUGGAGAUUGAGAUGGGUCAAUUCUUCAUUGAACAAAAAGGAAAUGAUGAUGCUGUUGAUGUUGUAGAAUGCAGUGUAACGGAAGUUGAUAACCUAAAGAGCGGCCUCAUUGUUGAAGGUAUUGAGCUAAGGCCUGUCCAUAUGUAAGUUUGUACAUUGUGAAAACAUACAUAUAUGCAAGUAACUCUUUACUUUCCGCCCU